AUGCAGUCCUUCACCGCCGUUUCGUUCACUGCCUCCCGGCUGAGUGAGCGUUCUGCUGCUGCUGCUACCUGUCCAGUAGUGGAAAUCGAAAAUGACCAUUCUCGCAAUAUAAUAAAACAGGAACCCGACGACCAGGAGUUGUCUGAUGCCAACUCCACAGUGUCUACCCAGUCCUGGUCAUGGAGAGGAUGGACACCCGCUGCAGCUUCAGGAAGGCAACCAAUGCCACUACCACAGCUUCUCGUCACAAUAGGCGGGGAAAGAAGCGGCCUGGCUGCGCCCCGUGCCGGUCGACGCAAUCAGGUCCUGGGCAACCUGUGUACUGCAGCCGCGCACGUUGCAGAAGCUGCUGCUGCAAAUUCCAGAUACACGGCCGACAAACUGAGGACCGUGGCAGGGCAGGACCCCUCGUCCGCUGCCGUAAUCGAAGCUCUGGCGGCCAAUGCUGACGUCUCUGCUGUUGCGAUGAGUGCAUUGGCGCAAGCCGUUCAUGCAGCUGCUAGAAUGGCGUUGGAGGACUAA